AUGGUGGAGCACAGAAGAGAGCGAAGCUGUGCCAUUUCCCUCCGGGCUGGACCUAGUGAGGUGGACAAUGUCACCCUGUCUGAUGUGAAUCUCAGGUAAAGGCCACGUCACUCCAGUCCUGACCUCUGAUCAGUUUACACAGAUGAUACAAAAUAAGAAAGUUACAUUUUACUAAAACGCUCUUAUAAAUCAAAUCAAAUUGUAUUGGUCACAUACACAUCUUUAGCUGAUGUGAUCUCUUAUAAUGUCAUAACAGACAUUCAAAGGAGGUAUUCGAAUGCAUCCCUCAUUUCUUCCUCCAUUGAAGUAGUCACUGAUCUGAAAUGACAUUAUGGGUGAAAGCAAAAUGGUUUGAAAGUGGACACUUUGUUGCUACCCAAUCACCUGAUUACCUCAAGGAAUAAAGAAUGCAUUUCUAAUGGUUCAUGAACAUCGUUUCUGUCCGUCCAUCCUAUAGGAUCCAUGCCAGGGCUGCCCGGACUGUAGGUCGUCAGCUGGCAGAGAUGGGUGACAGACUGGACCGUGAAUGGGAAGAGAGACUCUCUAAUCAGUGGCCUGUGCCACAAACUCUCCAUGUGACAAGGCCUUCCCAUGUCCUGAGUAGAAGCAUCUACAGGUUAGAGGGCUCAAAGACCAGGAUGUAUUGUGCCAAACAACUAGUAAAAUCAGUGCUUAUUUUGCACAUAAGAAAUAUUUAAAUGACUAACAUUAAUUAUGGUUAACAAAGAUUUCACGUAACUCAUUGUCAGGGGGAUACGAGGACAGCUUUGGGACGUGAAGAGUUUGCCUGGCGUGGCCAAAGCCUGGUUGGCCUCCGCUGUCCACAGUCCGGCUACACAGAGAGCAGAGGCUUGGGUAACCUGGGUAAAAGCCACUAGCAUACUACGUAUACCUAUCUACUUCUCUCACAUCUCUUCAUCUGCAUUGGGGGUAGGGGCUAAGUGUCGAUUUGGGAUAAGUCUCUUACUACCACUUGUGUUGUCCCUUGCCCCUACACAGGUUUCCAGUAUUCAACCUGCUAACUGCCCUGGUUGGGCCAAAGCAACGCUUGCCACUGUGGCACUGGUGGCCACGGUAACCAUUUGCACUGCAUUGUGGAAGGAGUAG